UUCCACUCUCUUUUUUUUUCCUCUCUUUUUUAAUUCUACCGUUCCUCUGCUCAUUUUCCUAAUGGAACCCAAUUCACAAAGUUGCCUUCCACCUCCCUGUAUGGAUGCCUUAUUUUUAGGGAUUGUAUUAGGUUGGCAGGAUUUUUAAAUAUAUCUACCAACGAUAUUGGAUGUGUCUGAAAUUCCUGGAGAAGCUAUAUCCUUUAUAUCUAUAUAGAUAUAUAGUCAUAUAUUAUUAUAAUUGUGCGUGUUUGGCAUUUAAAUGAGGAUUUUGUGGGAUUUCUCUCUCUUUUUUAAAUCAAGAAGACAGAAAGUUGGAUGUCGGAUCUUACAAGGAGAGAAGAGUAUACUCCCUCUGUUUUUAUCUGUUUAACUUUGUGCAUGUAACUGUGGAAUAAAAGAGGAUCUCCUUUUCAAGCAUGUAUGCAUCACCUUUAUGUCUGACACAGGACGAGUUUCAUCCUUUCAUUGAGGCUCUUCUCCCUCAUGUACGAGCCUUUGCCUACACCUGGUUCAACCUUCAAGCACGAAAACGGAAAUACUACAAAAAGCAUGAGAAGAAGAUGACGAAGGAGGAAGAGCGAGGUGUGAAAGAUGAGCUAUUAAAUGAAAAGGCAGAAGUUAAGCAGAAGUGGGCAUCUCGUCUUCUAGCAAAACUUCGCAAGGACAUUCGGCCAGAGUUCCGUGAAGACUUUGUAUUGUCUAUUACAGGCAAGAAGGCUGCAAGCUGUGUCCUUUCCAACCCUGAUCAGAAAGGAAAGAUGAGACGGAUUGACUGUUUGCGGCAAGCAGACAAAGUGUGGAGGCUGGACCUUGUAAUGGUCAUUCUGUUCAAGGGUAUUCCAUUGGAGAGCACAGAUGGAGAGAGACUGGUGAAAGCCAGCCACUGCUCUAAUCACCAGCUUUGUGUGCAGCCGCAUCACAUCAGUGUUUCUGUUAAAGAGCUAGACCUUUACCUGGCUUAUUUCAUUCGAGAGAGAGACUCAGAACAGAACAGCAGCCCUCGCACGACUAUUGGCUCAGACCUAGAGGACACUAAGCCCAUCAAUCUGGAUAUUACAGACUUUCAGGAGAGUUUUGUCACUUCUGGAGUUUUCAGCGUCACAGAAUUAAUUCAAGUGUCUAGAACCCCAGUUGUGUCUGGCACAGGCCCAAAUUUCUCUCUGGGAGAGCUACAGGGACACCUGGCAUAUGAUUUAAAUCCCACAGGCACUGGGAUGAGGAGGACACUCCCCAGCACAUCAUCUAGUGGGAGUAAGCGACACAAAUCUGGCUCUAUGGAAGAUGACAUUGAUACCAGCCCUGGGGGGGAAUACUACACAUCGCCCUCAUCACCGACUGGAAGCAAUCGUAAUUGGGCAGAUGACGUGGAAGGUGGAAUGUCUCCCACUGUGAAGAAAUCUGAAUUGGACAAAUCACCAUUUCAUAGCCCAUCUCCUCAGGACACUUCACCAAGAAUUAGUGGCUUCACUCAACACCACAGGCCGGUUAUUGCUGUUCACAGUGGUCUUGCUCGCAGUCCCCAUACCUCCACUACUUUGCACUUUCCCACCUCUUCUCUCCUCCCCCAGGCUGCUUCCACCUACUUUCCUCACACUGCAAUCCGGUAUCCCCCCCACCUUAAUCCACAGGACCCCCUUAAAGAUUUGGUGUCCCUUGCCUGUGAGACCUCUAGCCAACAGCCUGGCCCGCUAAAUGGGAGCGGUCAGGUGAAGGUUUCGAGUCACUAUAUCUCCACGCAGAUGCUGGCCCCACCUCCUCCUGGAAUGCCUCGUCUUUCUUUGUCAUCUGAUACUAAAUCUACAACAGCAUCUGAUGGCAGCACCUCCUCACCAACAUCUCCAACAUACUCUGCCCCCAGUACGCCACCCACCAACCGAUCAUUUGUGGGACUUGGACCACGUGAACCUGGGAGCAUAUAUCAGGCACAAUCCUGGUACCUUGGAUAGUGGCCUGACCCUCACUGCUUUAUUAAAGCCAGUCUAUGGAACACAAAUCCCAGGGACAAUGGAGGAAGAAAAACUUCUUUUGCAAAAAGGAUAAAAGAACCCCAACUUCCAAAAACUGAGGAGUUCUGGGGAGAAACAAGAAUGCAAGAAGAAGACAGAUAUUCUUACUUAUUCUGGGAUGGCCUUGAAUUUCAAACAAAACACAGUAGGGUAAUGAUGAGAAAAAUGUAAUCCUCAUUCCACCCUCUAUCCAGUUAGAAAAGAACACAUGCACACACACACACAAACACAUCUCAUAUUAAAUUUCUGUCAUAAUCUCUUCAACUUCUACUGAUGAAACAGUAAUUAAAUACGGCCUUUACAGCCAUAUAAUAAUUUCCCUAAAUCAGGCUGAUUAUUUUAGAAUACAUCUUUUGACACCCUGGUUACCAUCAAGAGUUGCUAUAAAGUUAAAUCUAUGCUGGAACAUUGGUUGGUACUAAAAGUAGGCUCUUAUCACCUGGUCUUUAAACCAUGACCCAUAAAAACAAGUGUUUUUAAAACAAAUGUGCCAUUUAUUAAUGAAAAAAUACUGUAUUGGAUUUCUGUUUAAAAAUUACAAUAGACCACAGACCAUAGAUCCUGUUGCUUGUCUGUAAAGGGCCAUAGCUCCAGAGCUGUAGAAUUAGGGUUUCCAGGUGGCUUUCUUAUGUAUGUUGUACUGAUAGCAACACGCACUAUAGGUCAAAGAGACAACAUUUAAAAAUGUUAAAUUUGUAAAUGUAUAAGGGUGCUAAAUUGCUAUCUAUAUACCCUUCUACUAUCUGUCUGUAUUUUGUCAAGCCAAAGGAGUGAGCUGAACCCACUGUAAAUGGGUAUGACCAGGGUUGCAUAAGAUUAAUAAAUUGGCAUAAAUUGGCCCUAUUUUUAAAUCAGAAAUAUUAUAAUAAGAAAUGAUAUCCACAUACAUAAAUGUAACAUACUAACAUAUUAAUGCAAUAACACUAUUGUUAAAAACUACAAGUGUUAAACUCAAUGCCUAUUUUAAACUGUUUCUGUGGAUUUCUGUAUGUCUGUGUACUCACAUUAUACAUUUAAUAAUUUAAUUUAAAUAUAAGAUGUGCUUUUAUGGGUGUGUGUGGGGGGGGGGAGGUUGUGUGUGUGUGUAUAUAUCUAGAUCUACAUACAUACAUACAUUAAGACACUCAUACAUAUAUAAAAUAUGUGUAUGUGUAUCAACCUUGACAAUAUUUAUGAUCACCAGGGUUACUUUAUCUGUUCCCCUUUUAAUUUUUUUUGGGGGGGGUGGAAAAACAGAGGGCCUCGGGUUGACUCACAAAUAUACACUACUCUAUUGGUCUCCCAGUGUAUGUGUAAGGCAAGAGUUGACUAUUAUAUAUAACGUGGUAUAUAUUAAGCAAGUGCAUUAUUAUGACAGAGGCCCUGUUGGUCAUAUGCAACUAGACGUUCUAUCAUCUUGACUGAGUGCUCUUCUCCUCAGUUUUUCUGGUGAUAGCCCUGCUCACUCAGCCACAUGACCCGCAUGGUGCUUUCUCCUGCACCCCCAGUCUGAGAUCAUCUAGCCAGCUUAUGGCUGAAGACCUGCAUGGCAGAUUUAUAUAUUGCACUAUGCCCUUUGUAUAUGGAUUUUGUAAAUGCCAUUUGCCCCGGAUAAAACCUGUUUACAACAAGUCUUGUAAGAGGUUUUAGAGGUAAUAAGUUUUAACAAAGGCUUUGUGGAAUAAUGUCCCUAUGGGAACACCCUUGUGGCCAGUAGAAAGUUCCAACAUGGUCAUAAGACAAAAUUCUUUUAUCCUAAUUUGUUGGCUGUGUUAGUACUUUUUUUCAUGUCAUAUUGUAAAUUACCAGAAACCAGGGGAUCCUCCAAGAAAAUGUCUGCAUUUAGAUGUAAGAACAGCUGUGAAGGAUCCCUUCCUGGGAUAUCUAAAAUAAGGGGCUACGUGGUGUGCUGCUGUUCAUGCUGUUUGUUGGAGAGAUUUUAAAAAAUUGUAUAGAAUUUGAAGAGAAAAAAACACUAGUAAAGUGUCAAUAUAUAUAAAUAUAUAUAUAGCAUUAAAUAUGUACAAAUGAUCUUUUUUCCCUUAUUUGCACGGAAUUUUCUAUCACAUUAUGUGCCUUGCCUUCUGACAAAUUAUGAAAUAACCACUGCUCAUUUGCUGCAUGCUAUUAUUCAGUAUACAGAAGAUAUGAAAUAUGUACAGACAUUAAAUAGUUAAUGGUUUCAGAUUUUCUGAUAUUUUAUUUUAAUGUUUUUUUUCCUUGCUUUUCCCACUUCCUUGUUGAUGCAGCACUUUUCCAAUACCCCAUCAAUCUUUCACUCAGAGAGAGGCUGUUAACAUGAAACAGGCUGGGGCUGGUGUAUGUGGCAUUAAGGUACUAGAGUAAGGUUAAACAGUAAAGGAGAAAAUUAGUGUAAUUUUAGAUGGCUAACUUAUUACUGUUGCUGCUGUGCGGCUGGGUAUGUUUUAGCCUAUUCCUUUUAUUACUUUAUCUUUGCAAUUAGUUCAUGCAAUUUAUUCCUUCCCAAUUUUACCAAUUUAACCAUUUCAAGUUGUUUCUAUUUGCAAAAUGUAUUGCAAUAGCAUGGUCAGUGUUCAAUUGGUCUGUUAAAUCCUGGCAGAACCUUGACAGGAAAGAAACCUGUAGCAACCAAUCAAAUGUUUGUUUGCAUUGUUCUUUCCUGCAUCUGGCUGGAAAAAUCUAAUCACUGAUUGGUUGCUAUGGGUUUCUACUCAGGUGCAAAUUUGCCCUGUGCCUGCAGUGGGUUUUGCUUCUUGUAGUUUGCUCUAUUAAAACUGCUGUAAGGGCUGCUGGAAUUCUAUUCCCUUUCAGUUAAAGUUAUUUCCUGAACAUAAUCACUAUAUAGCAAUUUAGUGUUUAGCAUGUUUUUGGCAGUAUAUAAUAUACAUGUUUUUCAGCUCAAUAUAUAAUGUGAGCUAGGUAUAGGGAAAACAAUGUGAAGGUUUUGUAAACAAACACUGUAGUAGACACAAGUAAUACUGUAUAAAACUCAAAAAUGUUGUGACUUUAUUCAAACUGAGGCUACAUUUACUAAAGGAGUGAAAACAUUCAGGAACAAUAUUUGUGUCAGAUACCAGAGGCAUAAAAUAAAUUGUGUAGUAAACUUGAUGCAAAUACAAGUACCAUACAUCUGAAAGGAAAUUGUAGGAUGUGGGCUUAUAUACCCUUUAACUGGCAGAACAUCAGUAGCAGUCUUCCUUGGAUAUUAUGCACCAGAGUAUGUGCAACUAGCAAAUUUGUUUAUAGCCAAUUAGUGCAAGUUUUUGUUUAUUGCCAAGUGUGGGUCAGGGUUAUUGGUAAAUACGUGCUGUUUUGAGCUACCCCUAGAGAUUUGGCCAUUGUUCUCCCGUCUGCUACACAUUUUCUGAACAAACCUGUCACAUUGCUUUCAUUCUGUAUUAUUAUUUUCAUGUGCUUUUUUGUAUAGUAAUAUGCACAUUAAAGAAAAACUCUGGAAGUUUAAAAACGCUUCAUGGUUUUGAGGACUUCAUGAGAUAUAUAUUGUAAUAGUCACAUUUUAGCAUUUAAGAAAGCAUGCGAUAUUUGCAAAAUGUGCUUUAUUCAGUUCAUGCUAUCUAACUCAUAUUAUCUCUAAAGCUGCUGAAUAUUGAAUAUCUCAAGGUAUGGUAAGAAGCUGGAUUUCCUCUAGAGUGGAGGUCACAGAACUUGGGGGUGUUACAUACAAAGUUAAACAUGAUUAAAGCCAAGUUAGUAUAGUUAGUAUAUAUCACAAUCCUAGCCUCAGAAAGUUGCUCUGUUUGUCUUGCCCAAUCUGUUUUCUUUGCACUCCAACACAGAUACGUCUACACAAUUGAGUGUCAGGGGUUUUCUUUGUUGGACAUAAAAAUUGUGUAGAAGUGGUUGAAGUAAUGCAGUAUUAACCACGGCCAUUCAAAAGCUGUAGCCUUUAUUUCGCUUCAACAUUUAAGCCAGAAUCUGUUGGUUUGCCUUGGGUUGCAGUUGAGAAAAUUAGAGAGCAACAGGUUGAUUACUGUAUUCCUUGAGGGGUAUUUACCUCUAUAUCAUAGUCCCAAACCUAGAACUGUAGCGCUUGCAAAGCUUCUUGGGACAUUUUCAAGUACAGCCUCAGUGCAGCAUCUUGAGAUCUUAUAUUGAGUAGUAAUAUGGAUUUGUUUAUUGUGACUGUUGAUAAUGCCAUCUACCAGCAACUGCCAAUAGUAAAAAGGUCUAUAGGACAUUCAGCAUUUUGACUGCCCCAGUGCUGUAAGCCAUUAUCAAAAUGCCUUUUCCAAUGGACAGAAACUGAGUUUAACAUAGAAAGUGACUGCUUUAUAUUCCUGGGAACACAGCAAAGGUAAAAAUGCUGCAUUUGCUGCAGGUCCAGUGGGUAUACUUAAGUAAUCUAAUUUUGGGCCACUCAUAAAGACUUGAUGGGCCUUUGUAAGCAGGCUCUCAGGUGAGCCAAAAGUGCCCCAGUUUCAUUUUUAGCAAAUUGCACAGUCUUCAGCAAUUAGUCGGGUUAACUGCCUCUCUCUUACAUCAUACUAAUCCAGUCCUGGCUUUAUAUUUACCUUAUAUUGCUGCUUUUUACAUUCUCCACUUUGCAACAGGAUGCUUACAGACAUAUUUCAUGGUAGUUUAAAAAAACCAAUUGCUAGCUACAAUCCUUGUUUUUUCUGUAUUGCCUUUUCUUAUUACCUUAUUUGGUUUCCUCAAUGUCCAAAAUCUUCAUAAUGGUAAUUGUAAAUAAAUGCCAGCAUCUUAAUCUUAGCCCUGUAUUUCCAUCAAAUAUAUAAAUCCAGGACUGUGUGAUCCUGACCUUAUUACCAUACAGUUUUACAUUUCAUCUCUUACUUGUCCUCUUCCCAUUCCCACGUGUGGCAACAUUUUACAAAUAUUUUUCUGUAUUUUUUCUAUAGUGUCUUCCAAAGCCUCCAAAUAUAUGCAACUUGUUGUGUGCCCUAAACCCUGUGAGAGCAUGGGGAGAGGAUGUGCCCCUUUACUUGCCACGGAUCAUAUGUACUAAAUAUGGGGUGGGGCCUGUCUGCAAGGGUGAAAAGGAGCAAGAUUUGUGUAUUCCGUUAAUAAACCAAAUUCAGGGUACUCCUCUCCCCAAAACUUUUAGAGGGCUAAAAUCAACCUCAAUGCUGUUGAAAGGGACUUCAUGUAAACAUUGCAAUCAAUUUUGACUGCAUUUAGGUUAAAUGAGGGGUGAUUAAUUUUUGUUGAAUUUUAAAUACUUGGGUUUUUAAUCUGUAUAGUUUUUCAUGCAUAGAGAUCUCCUUUCUUCUGUUGUUUUAUUUUGGGAUUUUUGGGGGAGGAAAUGCGUUACCUUAUUUUUUUAACAAUGGACAAAUUGUUUCUUUUGUAAGCAAUCAGAAAAUAUGCAUAAAAAAUAUAUAAAAAAAGAAAAAAAA